UAAAAAAGAUGAUCUUAAUAACUAUAGCAACAAAUGUGAUGAAGAUGAUUUGACUGCUAAUCCUAGUGAUGCUAACCAAGAGUAUAACAUAGACAAUAUUGAAGAUAAUAAAAGUGAUGAUAAUAAGCAAAUUGAGUAA